UUGAUCCUACCUUGUGAUUCUCUCGCAUCCGGAGUUCGUCGCGUAGGGAUGUGUUCGUUCCAUCCGAUGAUGUGAGCACUUUUUCCGUCUUUCGACUGAUCGGCAGAUCUUUUCGGGGUGCGCUCUUACAGAAUCGCGAAUCGCGGUCCGUGCUGCGUGUGCGGCGAGCGAUGUGGUGACCCAACAACAAUCGUCUCGAGAAGUUGAAAUUGAAAAUUGUAAAAUAGAAACAUCCACCCAGUGAGUGAGCGAGAGUGCAGUGCACAGCCAGGCCACAGCAUCAGUGUCGGAGUCAGUGCACAUUAGUCGGAUGGAUUGUAUCUAUCUAACUACCUACCUACCUCUAUAGCUGCUGUAGUGUGGAUCCGUGCGGUUGGUUCGCACGUACAUUAAAACUUGCAACAGCUACUAUACGCUAGAAGUGAAGUGAACAGUGCAAUACUAGCGAACCGUCAAGCAAGAAUAACCGAACGAUAAGAAGAAGAACAGCAACAAAAACAACAGCAGCAGCAACAGCGGCACACAUGAGAAAAGCGCGUAUAAAUAAACAUGAUAAGGCGUGGAACGUGGCGAAUCUAGAGUGAGCACAGCCCGCGCCUAUAGUCGGACCGACUAGCGAGUAGACGGAGCAACAGGGAGUUGGAUCUAGCAGCGCCCAGCUCGGUGUGCGUGCCCCCUGUGUGGCUCUCCGUCGUCGUCGUCGUCGUAUGUGUGCCCGCGUGUAUGUUGAAUUGACCCCUCUCGAUUCGACGACCGAGACGAAGAAACCCCAUCGCCAGCAGUAGCAGCAGCAGUUUUUAGUCGUCUUGGUAGUGUGGUUGGUGGUGGUGGUGCUGCUGCUGCAAAACGUCGUCGUCGUCAGUGAAGAAGAUAAUCGAGUGAAUCGAAACCGAAGAAAACCAGUGCGAGCGACAAGAAGAAUUUCAGCCAAAUCCCAUUCGGUUGGGUGUCAGUCAGUUUCGGUUUUCAAAAGAGUAUCAUCUGUAUCGUAUCGUAAGAAAAAAGAGGCAAAAGUGAAAAGUGUGUGGUAAAAGCGGAGUCAAAAUUGGAAAACAUCACCACCACCCUGCCCUCGACCGACAGUAUUCCCCCUGGUUGAGUCGCCUAAUGAGCGAAGGAAAUUGUGAUGCGAUGUGUUUUCGUUCGAUUGGGAAGGAAAAGUGAGAUUUCAAGUGUCAAGUGCGAUUUUUUGCGAUAUUUUAGGGGAAGAUUUCGAUAAAAACCAAUAGAAGUGGAAUUGGGAAGUGCAAGAAGAAGAAAUAAUAGAAAGAAAUCACAUACACCAAUAGUAGUAACAACAACAACAGUGAAGAAGCAAAAGAGAAAAAAGAAGAAAAUCGACAAACAACAACAGCAACAACAACAAUGUCCAUGGACAACCGAAGUACCUCGGCCCUGUUUAAAAGGGCCGAGCAGUUGAAACGGUGGGAUGAAUCAGAGGCGAACAAGCACAGCGGUAUCCCGAAGAGUCCCUCGAUGCGCCGGAUCAAGUUCUCGUCGGGGUGUAUCUUCCUGGCGGCGUGUAUGGCCGGCGAUAAGGACGAGGUGUCGCGGCUGCUGGAAACCGGCGCCGACAUCGACACGGCCAACGUGGACGGGCUGACAGCGUUGCAUCAGGCUUGCAUCGAUGAUAACUUAGAUAUGGUAGAAUUCCUGGUACAAAACGGAGCAGAUGUCAACAGAAAAGACAACGAAGGAUGGACGCCCCUACAUGCCACAUCUUCCUGCGGUUUCCUCAGUAUAGCCCGCUACCUGAUAGAGAACGGCGCCGACCUGGCGUCGAUCAACAGCGACGGCGAGCUGGCCCUCGAUCUGGCCUGCUCGGACGCCAUGGAGGAUCUCAUCCAGCGACACAUCGACGAACAGGGCAUCGACUGCGAGGACGCUCGGCAGGCCGAGGAAAAGAUCAUGCUCAGCGACGCCAAACGGUGGCUCCGCACCGACAGUACCGAUUGUGAUAAACCCCACCCGAAGACGGGUGCCACGGCGCUGCACGUGGCGGCCGCCAAGGGAUACGCGAAAGUGCUCGGUCUGCUGCUGGACGGCCGGGGGGACUUCGACAAGCAGGACGUGGACGGGUGGACGGCACUGCACGCGGCCGCCUACUGGGGCCAGAAGGAAGCCGUACAGAUGCUGCUCGGUGCCAACGUCGACAUCGACAUCCAGAACUACAGCGGCCAGUACGCGAUCGACAUCGCCCAGAAGGACAUUGUGCCGCUGCUGGACGAGGCGCGGAAGAACUUCAAACGGCCCAAACGGCGACCGGCUAGUCAAAUUAGAAUUACGGAUACCAUUGAGAAUAGCAUCGAGACACCCACGAAGGUCAUCCGGGUGGAGGUGAAACCGAUCGACAGCAAAGAACAAGAAGAAGUCGUUAGCGGAAGUGAAGCUGACGAAGAGGAAGAGGAAGAAGAAGAGUAUCAGGAGGUGGAAGAGGAAGAGAAUGGGAUUGAAGACGAAGAAGGGAGUGACCGAGAGGAAGUUGAAGCGGAAGAGUCCGCCGAAGAAGAAGUGGAGGAAGCGGAAGAAUCGGAAGAAGACGCGGAGGAGCAGGAAGCCGAAGAGGAACCGACGGUAGAGCCGGAAGAAGAAGAGGAAGAGGAGCAAGCGUCAGCUGCGGAGUCAUCCCCAUAUUCGUCUUCAUCUGCGGACAGUUCAUCGUCAUCGUCUAGCGAGAGUAGUAUGAGCGAAGAAUCUGAAGCAGAGGAACUGUCCAAGCCCGUUCCGAUCAUUUCCCGACCGAGUCCGGUUCCCGUGGCGGAGCAAAUUAUCGUUCCGAAACCGCGCAUCGAAGGAGUGCACCGGGAGUUACCUGCAGCACCACCACUGCCGCCGCCACCGGCCGUUUCGCAACAGAUGGCGCCACCGCCGGUGCCGUGGCGCCGUCCACGUGCCAUUCCAACUCCGGUUCCCACCGAGGAGCACGCCCAUCAGCAGCAGCAAGCCUUGCAGAGACUCCAGAAUGGUCAUGCUCGGUUAUCGCCGUAUCGCAAUCAAGUUCCUGAGAAAGAAAAUCAACCGACCGAACCCGAUGUGAUACUGCGGCGGACGCAGAGCUUCGAGAGCGAUGAAAAGUUCUACCAGAAGUACGUCGAACUGCGAGCCCGGAUACAGGCCAACUCGUGUCCAAUCCUGCCAAACACGAAUCCCACGGCCAACGCGAAACCAGCAGCACCCACCGCCAACAACAACAACAACAACAACAGCACCAGCACCAACAACAGCUAUCUCGUACAAAGGUCAGCCUCGCUCAAGGACCAUCGGACGCUAAGGAAAGCCUCCAGCAAUCUGGUACUGGGGAGCACCGGCAGUACGACCGGUUCCGCAGCCACAACAGCAACAACCAACGUACAAACGGCGACCACUUCGCCGCCCACUAGUCCCACCGGAACGCCCGUCACGACGCCCAGCACCGGACAGAUCCGAAGCAUCACACCUGCCAACAACAACAACAACAAGAACACGUCCAACAGUCCUUCCAUACCAUCGGUUGAAGUCACCGUCGACACCACCACCAACAACAACAGUAGUAAUAACAAGAACGACACCAGCAGCAAUGCGGUCAACAAAAAUCAUAGCCUGUUCGAACUCAAUCGAAAAUACAUUGAACAAGCCCAAAAGACGAAGAUUAAUAAUGAGCGCAAUAAAUUUCUCUCGUCACUCAACGAGAAGAGGCUGCAACAGCAGCAGCAACAACAACAACACAACCACCACCACCAUCACCAGGAAGCGCAACAGUCGGAAACGAAAGGGCCAUCACAAUCCGCAUCCGCAAAGUCCGGCCCCGCAGAAAAAGAACCGUCGCCAGCGGCGGAAGCACCCGCAACAGCUAAGGGCGUAGCCCCACUGUAUGGGUCCGCCGCUGCCAACAACAAUUCCAACGUCAACAAUUUCAACAACUCCAACGCAACAUUACCGCCGCCGUCGCCAUCGCAACAACAACAACAACCACCAACCGUAGUGACCUCAACGAACAAACUCUCGCCGGGAAAUAUUUUCAAAAACUUUUUCAAAUCCUUCGUGCCACCGACGCGCGACGAAGAGAGUGAAACUCAGCGGAAAGCGCACGCCAAGCGGGUCCGCGAAACGCGACGCUCGACCCAGGGCGUCACCCUGGACGAGAUCAAGAGUGCCGAGCAGCUGGUCAAGAAGAAAAACUCCACCAACAGCGGCAGCGAUAGCGACCCAUCCGCUACAGCAGCAACAUCGACGCCCACAGUCACCGGCAGUACUAGUACCACCACUUCAUCAUCCACAUCGGCAUCGGCCACUCUCGUCAACGAUCGCGUUCCGUCGGUGGACGCCGAGGUAAGCAGCAAAGUUCCUUCAUCAUCUAGCAACAGCGGUUCAUCUGCCGAUCAGCAAGUGUCCGCGAGUUUUACGAUCAGUGCCCCUCCCUCCAGCUCUCUGUCCAGCACCACCUCCUCGAUCAAGUCCCAUCGGGGCGACGUGGGUGGUGGCGGCGGCGGAGGCGGAGGGGGAGGUGGCGACACGGCAUCCGUCGCCCCGGAUGACGACGGAAGCAGCAAGAUCAGUGUAUCGUAUACGAUCACCACACCGAGGCUUAGUAGCAGCAGCAGUGAUACGACAGCGAUCGCCAAAGAUAGCAAAAACAAGGAGAGUAGCGUCCCUUCGGUGACGGCGACCUUCAGCGUACCCAGCGGAACUCCCAUCACCUCCACCACCACCACCGCGAGCAACAACAACAACUCUAACAGUAGCAACAACAAUCUUUACAAGAAGACUGAUUUGGACGAUUCAACGAAAACGACGAAGUCAACGAUAGCUCCCUCAGGGGACUCCGCCUCGAUCAGUACUAGCAGUAGUACGCCAGCGCCGGCGUCCACCUCGGUGACGGCCACCAUCCGGACGCCGGGUCCCUACGGUACCUCCAGCAAACGGUCCCUGUUCGACAUCGACAAUGCCAACUCGUUGACCCUGGCGGAGAAACUCCGGCAAGAGGCCAACAAGUACGCCGAAAGCGACAAGGAGAACUUCGUCAGCACGAAAGGACCAACCGGCGCCGCAGUGACAACGACGACAACGAAAAGUAGUAGUGAGUCGACGACGACGCCGGCUGCCUCGGCAGCUGCCGUCGAAGGUACAGUAUUGCUGCGGAAGGACACCAGUGCGCCUUCGUCACCCCUGCAUCAUCAUCAACCGUCAUCGACGACCAUGGCGGAACGGAGGCCCUCGUGGCGGCUGAAAGUGGACGGCGGUUCCAAGUUUAAACUGGAAGACGCAUCCGCGCCCACCAGUACACCUACCUCCAACGCCACAAGUAGCAGUACCGUCACUGCCCUGGAUUCUUCCUCACAUAGUCGACAGCAGCAGCAGCAGCAAAAUGAACUUAAUAGUAUUUCAAUGUCCUCGUUGGCCCAACGAAGGCAGAACGGCGACAGUAGCAGUUUUAUCACAUCUCGUCCGACGUCGGCUCCGGAGUUGGGUUCAUCGCUGACGGCGAGCAGCCUUAGCAACGACCUGCGGUCCGCCCGACUCCAGAAGGCUAGUGAGGAGAACAAGGAGAAUGACAAGGAGAACGAAAACCGAAGCACCACCACCGGCACCAGCGGCGGCAGCAGUAGUGGUACCACUACCAGCAACAGUAGUAGUAGUACCCAGGCAACGCAAGCGGUCAUCCAGAGACGGAGACGUCAGAAGCGACGCUCCACCGGUUUGGUGCACGUCGACAUGGAGGAUAUUGAUCCUGAGCGACAAGAUUCUCCAGUCGACGGUGAAGAGAAGGAGUCCGGAACGGAACGGGGUCGAUCGCGCGUUGGUUCUACCGCAUCCGAGUUAGCGGACCAGCAGAAGGACGGUAGCGAAUCCAAGGAGAAUGGCGGUGACUACAUCGACUACAAAGCUCUCUAUGAACAGGCCAAAGCUGAUAAUAAUAAGCUUAAGAGUGACUUAAGGAAACGGGAUGAAGAAGUGGCUAGUCUGCAAGCGGCUCUCGAAAGGUUUAACCUCGCGACCACCAAAAACAACUCGCUGUCGGAGCUGGAGAAGCGGGAAAAGCGAGCGAUGGAGCGGAAAAUGUCGGAAAUGGAGGAAGAGCUCAAGCAACUGGAAGCCCUCAAGACCGAGAAUCAGCGCCUGAAGGACGAGAACGGAGCGCUCAUUCGUGUAAUUAGUAAGUUAAGUAGAUAGAAGCAGGCCACAGUCGGCCCAACGACGCUGAUUGAGUUAACAACAACUACUACUACUACAACCACAAAUGCUAAAUAGAAAAAAGAAUUAAUCAAAAAAAAAAAACUUCUAACACUUGAAAAGCGGAAAAGCAGAUUUUUUUUCUACAAGUUCUCUUACGCAAAAUUGAACUUUUUAUCAUUUGGAUUAGGAAGAGAAACUUUGGAAGGGGAAAUAACAUUUCAAAUCAAACCUAGGUAGAGAACAAGAGUAAAAAAAACUAUUUAUUGACAGAAGAAAAACCACGCGUACACGGUAAAAUGAUUUCAACGAUUAUUUUCAGAUAAGUAAUUAGCUUUUUGGGGGAUUUUUUCGCCCAGUGCAGGAGAAUGCUUUGUAUUUUAGUCAAAAAAAUGAAAAGAACAACACUAAUUGUUUCGUAGUAAAAAACGAGAAUGGAAAUAUUAUUUUGUUGUUGAACAGUAAAAACGGAUUUUUUGUAAAAUAGAUCGAUUCAAACUUGCGCGCAGUUAGUGAUGCACUCACAUCACGUCAAUCCGUUCGUUUGUGUCAGUGUAUGAAUAAACUAGCGCGACAGUUUGCGCUCUUCUCUAUGUACAGUAAAAAACUUCUUUUCUAUUUGAAUUUGUAACAAAUCAAAAACAACAAUAAAUAUGUGAGCGUCGAGGAGUGCAGAAUAAUCUGGAAACAAUAAUUGAAGCUGUUCAAAACACACUGAAACUCUUUAAAAAUCGAUAGGUAUAUUUAUAGACUUUUUAUAGCGAACCGUACGUAUUUAUAUUUAUACAAAAAUUCGUGGACAAGAGAUUUCCUUUCUCUAUAGUUUAUUUGCUGCUGUUGUGCUGCAUUAACCCGAAAGUCUUCGAAGAGCUCAUGUGAAAAUUGACCUGAAUGUAGCACUGCAUAUCUGAAGUGUUAUCUAAUAACACGGCGUUUUCUUGUAUGGUAUUCAAACCAACGAUUAUUUCAUUCUGUUGGUAAAUGUUUAUUUAUUGUUCAAACAAAUAUCAUACAAUGUGAAGUUGUGUUACGUUAGAAGUUCCACUGGCAUGUUCGUGUCGAGUGGUUACCACAUGCAAAAAGUCGGUCCGAAAUAAAUUGGUGAGCUCGUUCCAUAUUAUUUCUUGUCAUGCUAUACAUCAGUUCUUUAUAUUUGUGUCCCGGAAGAUAUUACUCUCGCAGUUAGCGGUGAUAUGCAGUCCAAUCGCAGCGAACAGAAAAACUCUCCUCCAUUUGUUCUCUCGUUUUGCUGCUUCCGAAGCAAAUAAAGUAAAAAUCGCGCACACGGAUUUGAUCUCUCCUUCAUUGGCUCGUAUACAGAUAUACUUGUAGAUAGACUGUUGUAGGCUGCUGGCUGGUACAAGGCACUACCAACCAGAAGUGCGCCUUGAUUUUUCUACGAUUCUAGUACCAUACAAUUUUGAAGCUUUUCUUAUGCACACAUUGCUAACAUGAUUGUGUCUCUACGAGCGGCAGUUAGUUUAAAAACGCUAGAGAGAGGUGAUAGUAAUUAGGUUGAGAGCGUGUGUGCGUCAACGUAAUGUAGAUAGGAACUUGAAUGGGAAAACAUGAAAGCAUUUUCGAAAUACUUUUUUCUGUGUGGAGAUUUACAAUAAUUAGGAAUAAAAAAAAAACAAAACUCCUCCGUUAGCAAUUUUUGCCAGUUUUUUACACACCCACAAUUAGAAAUUUUAGUGUCUAUUUAUUGUUCUGAAACGGAGGCAGAUAAAGAGUGAGGAACUAUUGAAAGCAAUCUUUCGUUAAAUGUAAAAAAAAAACCUUCUUUGAACAAACACAACAAAAAACUCCUACAAUGUAUGUUAAUUGCUGUAUCUCUUGAGCGUUUUAGUUGAUAGUUAUCUUCUUCUUGAUUAGUAGUCGUUUAAUAUGUGUAAUACAUCUACUGUAGAGAGUGUGUAUGGCGUCGCCCGAGAGCUACACAAAACAUGCGUAACUGAGAGAUGGAAGCAGUACUUCUCCUCCCUGUUUAUUGUCAUUAUUGAUUAUUGAGUAUGUUUAUUAAAAUUAUUAUUAUCAUUAUUGAAACUAUCUUUAUCGUCAUAGUUAUGUUGUAUUUGUCAUCGAAUUGUAAGUGAAAAAAGAUGAAAGCAUACAUUUGCAUAGGAACACAACACAACGCAACACCACACACACACCCACAUACAAACAAACACUCAACACAGAACACCCCAUUAAUACAUUGUAAUUUAUGUUUAUUGCCUGUAGCGAUGAGGAAAAGCGCAUUGUACUAUUAUUAUUUUCAAAACCAACAAAACAGUUGAAAAAUACAGAGGAAAAAAUGUUGAAA